UAUAAUAUCAAAUACCAUUUUUUUUUAAAAUUCCAAGUUCACCAUUGAAAUGGCCUUUUCUUCAGCCAAAUAUUCCUACCAGAGACUUAAAAAUGAAGGCAGUACUGGUCAAGGUGGUGAUGUUGAUUUAGAUGACUUUCAUCUUCAGCAAGUAGUUAAUGAAUAUCAUCAUAUCAAGGCUUUGGGAAGACCAAGGAGUUGGUACAGAAGGUUGAGAAGGGUACCUAUUAGAAAGAAAUUCAAGCUCAAAAUCCCAAGCUUGAGAAGGUUACUAAGAAGAAAAUCAAAAUUAGUGUCCUCAGUGAGAGUUUCAAUUUCAAAUGUUGUAAAGAGAUUAAAGGAAAGUCAGUCCCAUUUGAGUGAUCUCUUUGCUGGAAACUACAUGUUCUUACAGGUCUCUCCUACUUCAUUGAAGUGUCUUGAAAAGGCCACCCACCAUGUUCAUCACCUUAAUGGCUUUUCCUCAAGGGUGUAAAUCUACAACCGGUAGAUACGACAAGGUGAAUGAUACAAGAAUAUAUGUAUACUUAAUUAAAGCAUAUGUAUAAUAUUUUAUUUUUAUUUGAUGUAUUGAAAAAGGUAUUUGUUUAGCUAAUUUAAAACCAUUGUGUAAAAUUGGUUUAGAGAGCUUGAAUUGAGUAUGCGACAACGUUUUGGAUCA